UCACCCUGCCGCAGUCUGCAUCCGGCUUAGAGAUGAGCUACCCACUGGACUACCUCUACGGCCACGGAUCCUAUCGCAGGACACCACAGGGACACUCUGCCCGGCCCGCCGCUUCCCUCUCCUCCUCCGGCUACCACUCCCAGCCAUGGACGACCUCCCAGCGCCACCGCCCGGCCUACAGCCAGGCAGCCUCUGCAGACAGCUUGGAAAUCUUUAAUGGCGACAUGACUCGGAGGAACGAGAAGGAGAUUCUGCAGACACUCAACGACCGGUUCGCCGGUUACAUCGACAAGGUGCGGAACCUCGAGCUGAUUAACUCGAAUCUGGAGCAGGAAGCGGCUGCACUGCGACAGAGCCAGACCGGGCGCGCUACGGUUGGAGAGCACUAUCAGCGUGAGCUGGGGGACCUGAGGGCUAUGGUCCAGCAGUUGACCGGGGAGAAGGCACGCACACUCUUGGAGCAUGACCACCUUGAAGAGGACAUCCAGCAUGUGCGGACCAGGCUCGAGGACGAGGCACGCAGCCGGGAGGAACUGGAGGCCGCAGCACGCGUCAUGAACAAGUAUGUGGAUGAGUCUGGGCUUGCACGGCUGGAGCUGGACAAGAAGCUGUUCGCGCUGCAGGAAGAAGCCGCGUUCCUGAAGAAGAACCACGAGGAUGAGGUGGCCGAGAUGCUCGCACAGAUCCAGGGUACACAGGUGAGGUUCGAGGCUCGAGACACGAUCAAGGCGGACGUGACGAGCGCGCUGCGGGAGAUCCGCGCUCAGCUGGAUGGCCACGCGACCAAGAGCGCAAUGCAGGCAGAGGGAUGGUUCAAAGUGCGUAUGGAACGGUUGGCGGAUGCAGCUCACUCUAAUACGGAUGCAAUCCGCGGUGCCCAAGAGGAGAUAGCCGAGUAUAGACGGCAGCUGCAGAGCCGCACCAUCGAACUGGAGACCCUCAAAGGAACCAAGGAGUCUUUGGAGAGACAACGCAUGGAUAGUGAGGACAGACACCAUGGGGAUAUCCACUCCCUACAGGAGACCAUCCACCAGCUGGACGGUGAGCUGAAGAGUACUAAGUGGGAGAUGGCCAGUCAGCUGAGAGAAUAUCAGGAGCUGCUGAACGUCAAGAUGGCUCUGGAUAUAGAGAUAGCUGCCUACAGGAAGUUGCUGGAAGGGGAGGAGACUCGGUUCCUAUCUGGGCCAAGCCUGUUCUCCUACUCCUCCGUUCACCUUAAGCAUAAGGGGGAGGAGCUCUCAGACACAGUCAUACUGGAGGAACAGACGGAUGAGACACAGGUCACUGAGGUGACAGAGGAAGGAGAGGAAGAGAAGGGCGAAGAGAAUGAAGAGGAAGUAAAGGAUGAGGAUGAGACCAAAGCUGAGGUAGGAGAGGGGGAAGGAUCUGAGGAUAAGGGAGGAGAAGAGGAAGAGGGUGAUAAGGAGGAAGGGGAAGGAUCUGAGGAUAAGGGAGGAGAGGAGGAAGAGGGUGAUAAGGAGGAAGGGGAAGGAUCUGAGGAUAAGGGAGGAGAGGAGGAAGAGGGUGAUAAGGAGGAAGAGGAAGGAUCUGAGGAUAAGGGGGAAGAGGAGUCAGGUGAGGAGAAAGAGAAGUCUAAGUCACCUGAGGAGGCUGCUUCUCCAUCUAAGUCUCCCACUAAAACCCCCCAGCCCAAAUCUCCCGCCGUCAAAUCCCCUGAAUCCAAAUCACCCCCAGCCAAAUCUCCCUUCCCCAAAUCACCCGCCAAGUCUCCUGCCCCCAAAUCUCCAACGGAGAAAUCUCCCCAGCUCAAAUCCCUGGCUGUGAAAUCACCAUCUAAAUCUCCCCCUAGCAAAUCCCCAGAGUCUAAGUCCCCUCCUCCCAUGUCCCCCCUCCCCAAGUCUCCGCAACCCAAGUCCCCCAUCCAGGAGAAGGCCAAGCCCCCUGCAGAAGACAAACCAGCCAAGGAGGAGAAGAAAGAGAAGGAACAACCCCAGCCUGUAAAAGAGGAGAAGAAACAGGAGCCAGAACCCAAGGAGAAAGCGAAGAGUGGGAGCGAGCCUAAAGAGAAGGCUGAGGAGAAGACAGACAAACCAGAUCCCAAGAAGGAGAGCAAGCCAGAGGAGACCCCAACACCUGCCCCUCCUGCCGCCGCCUUGGCCAAGCCUGCAGAGGAGAGCCCCACCCCUGCUAAGAAGGAAGAUGAGAAACAGGCCCCAUCCAAAACAGAUGACAAACCUCAGGCAGAGUUGAAGCCUGCCCCCAAAGAAUCACCAGAGAAAACAGAGAGCAAGAAAGAGGAGGUGAAGGAGGACAAGCAGGAGGCCUCUAAAGGGUCCGACAGUAAAGAGGUUAAGGAUACGAAGGUGGAAGGGAAGGCAGAGAAGGACGAAAAGUCCUCCAGCACUGAGGUCAAAGAGAAAGCCAUGAAGUGAAUCACUAACGUGUUGUGUUGUGUAUGAGCCGAGAGAGAGAGAGACGCCAAAGAACUAUCGGAGAGGGAUGGCAGGGGGAAGGGAGGGAGGCUACUGAAGAUCUGACAAGCCUUUGUAAAAAGAGGCCAGAGCAGAGUAGGUGACAAACAGUAAACAAGCAAAGCAAUAGUGUUUCUCUAGUUACUAAUCCCUGGGUACUCAACCCUGAUAUGAUGCUUCUUCUAAUGUAUGACUGUAAAGAAUGCAGAAUGCUCUAAACUCUAUCUGAAUGUGUCUAACUUCCCAACAAUAAUAACAAGUGCAUUAAAAUAGCAACAUCGCUCUGGCUGGGAGCACAGCACAGGGCCAUGUACCUUCUGAAGCCUUCAAGGGCAGAGAUGUCAACAAAUGUCUAUAAAAGAUUGUGUCAGGUGAAUAUAUUGUACUGUAUGUGUAUAUUUAUGACGAUAUAAAUUAGUAUAUUAUAUUGACUAUAAAAAGCAAAGAGACUAUGAACCCGCUCAUUGUGCACCUUAAACAGCUCCCUGUCUGAUGGUUAUGCUGAGUCACUGUGCUGUGGUUAGUAUGCUAGGUCAGGGAGGAGAACUCUGAAGUCAGGGAUGACUGUGCCAUGUAUAAACUGCUGAGAAUAUGCAAUACAAACUGAUGUAACUAAUAAAAUGUUCAAACU